AUGGAUGUUUCGUCUCGGUCUUCGCCGAACCUGGCAUCUUCUUUCACCUUAUCAAACCACCAUUCGCUCAAUGGAUCACUAGCAUACAUGUAUUCGUCGACACAACUUAAGGGUACUCCUGGAACGCGCCGAAUUCCUCUCCAGGACGCAAUUGCUGGAUUCAAAAUUGUGGAGCCCAAUGAGAUGCGACCGAGCGCAUCGGGCACCAUUGCUCCAUCUUCGCUCUUAUAUGGCCGAAUGUACUUUCCUGGCGCCGCGCUCGAGGCAAUGGUUAUACGGCGGUUUUCUCCACACACCCAAUUGCUCAUAAAGUGUAUUCAUAAUCCUCAACUUGACAAAAACGGAACUUUAAUUGCAUACUUUCAAAAGAAUACCCAACGGUACUCUCGAGAGGUAAUAUACUCCACCAAUGAUGCAUUGGUGGGCUUCAGAGGCCUAUACAACAUCGGUUCAACACCCUCAUGGUCGCCAUCUCCUCCCAAUUUCGACCGUUCGGUGGUGUCUGUUGGCGCCGAAUUGUGGUACGCAGCACGCACCAUGAGCCCAGGACUCUCGACGGGUCUCCGCUACUCCACUCGCUCAACAUCCACAGGGAAACCGUUGACCAUGACCCUUGCAUGCAAUCCCAUUUUGGGGCACAUUUCCUCCACUUACACGGUAAAGACAUCGGUUGCGUCUACAUUUUGUUCUCGCUACGACUUUAAUCUUUUUUCCUACGCCAGCAAUUUGUCAUUGGGGUUUGAGCUCUUUAAUUUCGAUAAAAAUGCUGCAGUGGAACGGAAUCCACAAUUGCCAACUCCAACUACAAAUCCCUCGGCUUCAAAGCAAAACCUAAUUAACCCCAUACGAGAUCACAGCUAUUACCAAACGACCCCCUCCACUAAUGCGACAACAUACCAGUCGUCGCAAACCAUAUCUGACUCGUUUCAAAAGCUCGUAAACCGCUCGGAAUUCUCCAGCGUUGUUAAAGUAUCUACCAGCUUAAAUGAUCGAUUAGUCCGUUUGCUCUGGGAGGGCCGCUUCAAAGACUUUUUAGUCAGCAGUGGGGUCAAAGUCUCGUUGAACCCCGCCACAAACGCCGUGGAACUCAAUCGCUUCGGUAUAAGCUUCUCGUAUGCUUCUUGA